AAUGGCGACAAUGAUAGGACUGUUCAGUUCUAUUGGAGAACAUAUUCCUAUAUUCAGAAAAGAUAAAAUUGUGGAAGCUUCUGCAGAAGGAACAAUUAACAGAUUUCAUUUUCGAGGAACAAGUCUUUUGAUCCUGGUUUGUUGUGUUAUGGUCACAUGUACAGAGUGGAUUUCUGGAACAGGAAGUAUAUUAGACUGCAUACAUGGUGGGUCUAUACCUGAUAAUGUGAUAAAUAUGUUCUGUUAUAUUCAGGGAACUUUCAGUGUACCAAUACACUACAGAGACCAUGAUACUCAGAUAGGAUACGAUGUGAGUCAGACAGGCGUGGGACCAUACAAUCCAGAAAAGGAUUUUAUAGAGGUCAAACAAUACUAUCAAUGGGUCCCUUUUGUUCUAUUUCUGCAAGGAAUCCUAUUCUAUGUUCCUCACAUAAUAUUUAAGAGUAUAGAAGGAAGCAAGGUGAAAACGAUAAUGGGAAGUUUAAACCUGUUCAUGCUGAAAACUGAAGCAAGGAAAGGGGCAGAGGAGGAACUAGCAGAUUAUUUUAUCAAGACACGCGGCAUUCACAACAACUGGGCGCUUGGUCUUCUGUUUGCGCAUUUCCUGUAUCUUUUAAACGUUGUUGGACAAAUAUUUUUUACAGAUAUGUUUCUUGGGUAUGAGUUUUCUACCUAUGGGGUGAAUGCCGCAAGUUUUCUUGAAGAUCAACCAGAGGAUAGAAUAGAUCCAAUGUCAAAAGUUUUCCCCAGGGUGACAAAGUGUACGUUCCACAAGUAUGGUUCUUCAGGAACCCUGCAGACCCAUGAUGUUCAGUGUAUUCUGCCGAUUAAUAUUAUAAAUGAGAAGAUCUAUGUAUUCCUCUGGUUCUGGUUUAUGAUACUUACAGUCCUUACAUUUAUAGAUGUGAUUCAUCAUGUUGGUCUGCUAUCCCUACCUUCUGUUCGUCGCAUGAUCAUUAAACGAAAAUUGAGAACAGCGCCUUUAUUUAAGGUGACUGGUAUGGAUAUAGAUACUAAACUAAUCUUGGAUAAUAUCAGCUAUGGAGACUGGAAACUAUUCUAUCAUCUCAUCAGGAAUAUGGAUUCUAUUACUGCUAUCGAAUGGAUGCAAGCAUUGACUACAAAACUAAGGGACGAGGUUGAAGAUCAGCUUCAUACAUCAGAAACACUUCCACUCAAAUCCAAAAUAUUAAAGGAGUAAAGCACCCUGAAGAAGAAGAUUUGUCUGAGGCCGGUAUGAUCAUUGAUUGGUUCAGAAAUCAUCUGUUAGUACUUUGGAUGGUUCCAGGAUCAUCAGUUAGUACUUUGGUUAGUUCCAGGAUCAUCAGUUAGUACUUUGGAUGGUUCCAGGAUUAUCUGUUAGUACUUUUAAUGGUUUCAGGAUUAUCUGUUAGUACUUUUAAUGGGUUAUGGAUCAUCUGUUAGUAAUUUGGAUGGUUCCAAGAACAUUUAUCAGUACUUUAAUUUCAGUAUGAUCUAUUUUGUGGUUCCAGGGUUUUAAAACACACUUAAUGAUUUGUUUAAUGAUUUGACAGCAUAAUAUGAUGCGUUCAAUGAAAAUACGCAAUAUGCUUUAACACAACAAACUUUUUCUAAUGCUUUACAAAACAAUGAAAGUGGAUUUUAAAUUUUUAACUAUCAGAUUUGCCUCUGCUUUCUAGAAACAGGAAUGUAUUGGUAAUCGCCCAGAGGAAGCUUAAAUAAUAAUUAGGGGAAGGGGGGGGCUUAUAUCCCCCCACCCCCCGAUUAACUGUCGCUCUUAGAAAACCCUGUAAAAAAGAUUUACAUUUAAAUAAUAUGUUUUGUAAACAUGAUUUAAGAUCUGCUGUAGAAGUAAUUUCCAAAGACUCUUCAUUUAUAUAGUGGCAUGUCCGAUUCACAAGUUCAUAAUGGAACCCUUUCAAGCUUUGUUUUGUCAAGAAUGGAAGGUCCCUUGAAGUAACAUCGACAGCCUCUUUUUAAGCACAAAAAGUAAUGUAAUUAUUUUGUUCGGAAAUGUAUUUAGCUAGUUCAAUACAAUUUUUAUUUACUUUUUUUUUAUAAAUUUUGUCAUGUUUCAAAAAGUAUUCUUGAUCUGUCGAUUUGUUUUGGAAAAGAUUUUUAAUAAAAUAUUUGUGAAAAUAAUGAAAUUUUAAAACUGCCGUAGGAGAAAAUCUUUAUUUUCUAUUGAAAAUGUAAUGCAUAAAGAUGAUUUUGAAUUUAAAAUUAGGGCACCACACCUAUUGUUACAUAUUAGCACAUUUCUUAAAGAAAGGCUUUGAUUUUUAUGAUUUAGUAACGGGUAAAUGCGCCUAUUUUAAGUUAUGUAAUUUUUGUAUGUAUUUUUUACUCAUUUUUUUUUGUAAACUUGUAUCAUUUUUUUGUCACUGAAGUUUUCAACAUUUUUGGCUCUAACUAAUUUUAUUUUGUUUUGAGGGCACUCAUUUAUUUCGAGAUUCUAACAAAAUUAUUAUUUUAACAGUGGAAAAUUAGCCAAAGAAUGUAAGCAUUUUUCUUUCAAAUGCUUAUAAAGCCAUAUAUGUCAUACGAAUUGUUAUGCCCAAGAAGGCCAUCUUAAUGUGUUUUUUUUUUGGUAGAUUCAGGCCAUAAAGUUUACCUGAAACGAGAUUUGAAUUUCAACAAGCCUUUUUAUUUUUCUGAUAGGUCAAUGUGUAUAUUUUUUACACUUUUAAUCAAUUAAAGUUUAAACAAAGCAAUUUAGAUAACAUUUUUACAUACCUCAUAAUUAUAACUCUGUUAUAUAUAUAUAACAUAUUAAUAAAUAAUAUUUUGUAUCAA